AUGCGUGAUCAGCAGAUGUAUAUGACAAAAUCACUUAAAGUGUCAAUCAAUGAUGCUAUGUCUGUAACACUUUCCCUAAUGAUGCCACCAAAAUUGAGAAAAAAGAAAAAAUCUUCAACAGCUCUUAAGGAAGACAUUCAAGCUAUCAAUGUUGCAUCGCCUUUCCCAAGGAAACCGUCUACAGGUAAAGGUGUUGAGUCCACUGAAAUUGCCCCAUCUACGAAAGACAGAGAGAAGAAAGAAGAGCUAGACAUUGAUGAUAAGCACAUUGAAGUCAUCAAGGACCAGGAGGUCUUCGGUUCAAACUUUCUGCUCUUGUCUGAAGAGAAACUUAGAAGCAUCGGAAUGUCACUUAGAUCAGCUACAAGAAUUGCAGAAUUUGCUAAAGAAAUCUCUGGUAAAAUCAAGCAUAGAUAUGAAGAAUUACCAGAAGAUUUAAGUAAUAUUAUAAAAAAUGCAGUACGUGAAGAAUUCUUCUGGCAAAAACCUGAUGUAAUUUCAGUAUCAAAGCUUUCUGAAACAAUGAUGAAAAAAAUUAUGGAUGAUAUUGAAAUAAAAACUGUAAAAGAUUUUAAAGAGGGUCAAGCAAUGGGAGAGUUAUUCUUAAUAGAUAAACUUCAUCCUACAAAUGCAAUAACCGUCUUAACAGAUUGUAAUGAUAAUUGGAUUAUUUACUUCUUCCUGAAAAUAAAUGAAGAACAAUACAUGGCAACUUCUAGAAUUGAUGAUCGUAAAAUCAAAAGCAUAACUGAAACAGUUGAUGCCAGAAUGGCAGACAUGGUUAGUGACAUGUCAGAACAGGAAUUAUACAACAUGACGGCACGAAAAAGGUUAAUGUUGGUAAGAGAUUAUUGUAGAUUAGAUGAACAACUACAAGUAGAUCAACUUAUUAGGCAGUUUAGUGAUAAUUAUGAAAAUCCACCACUGAUGAUGUUCGCUAAUGCAAAUAUUUUAGACAUUAAUAAAUAG